UCUUGAUUGGAUUUCUUAUCAUGAAUUAUUAUAUGCAAAAUUUCAAUGUUUUUCUCUAAUUAUAUGGUUUAGGAACUUCCUACAUUUUAUAAUGUUUAAACGCUCCGUUCUUUUAUCAAUAACGACACAGUAGUGCAGUUUCAUUCCGCACUUUAUCUUCAACAUUCCCAAGGACACCCACAUCUCGAAUGUUUGUAUUUUUACUCAUAGUUUCAGUAAGAGUCUACGCCUAACGUACAGAAUAACGGAUAUAUACUUACAGCGUGCCAAGAGAAUACUAGUUAGUUUCAAGGAACGAUUACAAAGUAGACUACUUAUUUCAUUUGAACGUGUUUGGAGCCUAUAGAAAACAUACAUAGUAAAUGAAAAUUUGUUGUUUAGUUUCGUCCAUUGAACGACUGGCAAAAUUUAAUAAAAUAAAAAGAGGAAUUGUAAACGUCAGUGUCAUAAAUCCAUGAUAAAUUAAAAGAUUUUUGUAUAUUUACUACUUGUUUGUACAUUCAUUUUCUUAUUAAUACUUAGGUACAUACUUUACUUAUUGUCACAGAGGUGCUUAAACAAGUUGAUCAAAAUGAGAACUAAAAAUCCCAUGGCUAAAAAGCCUCAACAAAUUUUAUUUUCGAAAAAUAUUUAUGGCCCAAAUGUGAAGGUAGAAAAUUGGGAUUAUGCCAUUCAUGCCGAAAGAAAAGAUAAUAAUGUAUAUCGUGAUUACUUGAGUAACCAUGUUAGCACUUAUACUCGAUGGGGCAACGAAGACCAAGGAGUAAAAAUGACUGAGACUCGUCAUAUGCAUGGACAAGUUUUCACCAACACAGACCCAAGUUAUACAUUCAAGCCUCUAGUUAACUUUACCUCCUACCCAUGCACUGACACACCAGGACGUAACAAGUUGAUGAAAAAUGCCGACUUAGCACAACUACCUAUAGAUUUUGGUGUAAUGGAUUAUUUAACGACCCAACAAGAAGAUUAUAGAAAUCCUUUACCACCGAUUAUGAAACCGCUGACUAUGUCUUCACCUCAAUGGUUACUGAAUCGCGUCAUUAGGUCGGACUUGACACACAAUCAUGGCACGGCACCGCCGCGAGGUGAUUACCAAUGCCUCGACACGCAUACCCCCAUCGGUCACAUUCGCGAGAUGAGAUUGUACCGAUAUCGGUCCUUCAACCCCGCUACUUGUCUACAGGAUUUCCCUAUAAUAGACAAAUCUUUGAACAGCAAUUAAAAUAUCAUUUAAUUAAAACGUUUU